AUGAGAAAGAAAAAGGAAAUUUAUUUUCAAAAGCUUAUGCCUCAAGGCACACUUUGCAUGAGGCAUUCAAUGGGACUUGGAUGUAAUGGCCCGGCCUCUAUGUCCAAGUUGUUAUAUCUGCCCUCGACUCUACUAUUGCAAGCACUCCUCCCCUCGUCUGUCUUUCUUGCAUUUGUUCAACAUCGUUUUAGAACCCUUUUUCUAGCUGCUGGUUUUCCUCCCUCAUCAGAAUUGUUCAUAAUUCUGAAUCUUAAGCUCUCUCAAACUAUUGUUACAUAUAUUUUUCUUCUUCCAUUCUCCCUCUCCUUUCUCCUGGUCGCUAAGGCAUCGAUAAUCAAAUCUUUCAGCAAUUAUAAACCCGCAAAAGAACCUUCAUUUUCUUCUUGGAUUGCCGUAUACAAACCCCUUCUCCAAACUCAAAUUUGCAGCUCAUUAGUAAUCCUUUCAGCCAAUGCUACUUGCUUCUCUCUUCUUCUUUUUGCUUUCAAUUUUUUCGAUGUUUUAGACAUAUCUUCUCCGGGAGCCUUGCUAUUCAUUUCAGCGACUGGAGCCGUUAUCUAUUCCAUCAUUAUUGCCAAUGCCUACAUUAUAUGCAACUUGGCAUUAGUGUUAUCAGGAGAGGAGAAAAGCGGGGGCUAUCUUGCGAUUCUUAAGGCUUGUGUUCUGAUCCAGGGUCGAACUUCUACAGCAUUGUCUUUAGCCGUGCUAAUCAACAUAGCCUUGGCUGCAGUUGAAGCUUUGUUUCAAUACAGAAUCAUGAGAGCUUAUCGUCAUGCACUGUCUUCCAACUCAUCUAUGGCUUUUGAGGCGAUGUUUAUUGCAUACUUGUACGGCAUUCUUCUUGUACUUGAUACUAUCGUUGGAUGCAUAUUCCUCAAGAGUUGUAAAACAGCUUUCAAGAUUAAUCAAGAGGAUAGGCACUCUAUUCAGAUACAAAUCGAAGACGUAAAUGGCAAGUCCUUUCCAAGUUUAAAUACAUUAAAAGAGCUUCCUUGA